AUGCCCUCAAGUAACAGUGUGAGAUCCAGGGCGAGGGAGAGAAACAGCGUCCUGAGCAGACCUGAGUUCAUAUCCCUGAACCAGCCCCUUCGCGGCGGCGGCGGCGGCGGCGGCGGCGCUGGCUGCCCCUCUGAGAGCCGAGGCAGCGCCAGGCGACCGGGUCAAAUCAAGCACCAAACAAGCCAGCCGAGUGAAGAACCUACCGACAGUGGCAGCAAGGAUAGGAGAGAGCCCAUCAAAAUGCCAGAGGAAGACUGUAUGCUGCUGAACCCUUCAUUUAAGGGAAUAGCGAAAAACUCCCUCCUCGCCAUUGACAUCUGUCUGUCCAAGCGCAUGGGGGUGUGCGCCUACACGUCGUCCUCCUGGGGAGGCUGCCGCUCCAUGGUCGCCCUGUUAGCGUUCACAGGGCACGGCAUCACUUGGAUCAUUGGCACUAUCGUGUGUCUCACAAGGAGUAACACUCUGGCUGGGCAAGAGGUCCUGGUCAACCUGCUGCUUGCCCUCAUUCUUGACGUCAUGACUGUGGCUGGAGUACAGAGACUGGUGAAGCGCAGAGGACCCUGGGAGAUGAUGCCAGGCUUCAUGGACUGCGUCGCCAUGGACAUCUACUCCUUCCCUGCUGCUCAUGCCAGCCGGGCCGCUAUGGUAUCCAAGUUCCUGCUGUCCCACCUGGUCCUGGCUGUGCCACUUCGUAUCCUGUUGGUGCUUUGGGCCCUCCUGGUGGGCAUGUCCCGCGUGCUGCUGGGGAAACACCACCUAACUGAUAUGGUGUGUGGCUUUGCGCUGGGUAUGCUCCACUUUAGCUUAAUGGAAUCAGUGUGGCUCUCAUCAAGCACUUGUCAGACUCUUAUUUCCAUAAGCACGCUCAGCUGGAGCCCCUUUUUCUGAGCUUUUGAUAUAAGGCUAUGCUAGCACACAAAGCUUAUUUGAUACACUAACCUCGCAAUGUCAAGGACUUAUAGGUCUGAUGAAGUUAUUUUUGAAAGGGUCCGAAGUUCUAUGUGAAUAGAAAAGCAUUCAUAUUUGGAAUCAGAUGCUGGCUUGCAAUUAACACCCAAGACUGGCAGUUAACAAGACAUUACAAGACCUUCAUAAUGCUUCACAAAUUCUAGUAUUUUCAGUCAACCCUACUAAAACACACCUCUACUGCUCCUUAACUUCAAUUACGUACUAAUAAUAUAAGGGAAAUUAAGAAAACUGAAAACUGACAAUGAUUUGGUGAAAAUGUACAUAUAUGAUUUUUUUUGUUUUGUUUUUAAUUCUCAUGCAUUAUUGAAAGCUGGUACCGUUUAUCCAAAACUGAACCACUUUCUAUUCAACAAAAUCUCUCCUGCCUGUGUGCUCCUUUCUCUUGCCAUCUUAAUUCCUUUUACUUCCUCCUUCCCUGCUACCUCUUCCUCUUUUCUCAUUUAUUUUUUUUUUUUUUUAUAUUUGUGCUUUUAUUUAGAAAUAUUUAUAUACUUAACGUUGGACACUGAAUAGUGUGGUGUGAGGCUGUAAUAUUGGAUAUAACACUAAAAUAUAUAAAGUGGUUGUUGUUUGGAUAUUCCACAUUGUUCCUGAUUGGCAUGACUAUUAUGUUUGUAUAUUUCUGAUGGAAUUCUGUUCUUACUGAAUGUUGAUCAAAUAUAAACUUAUUUUAAUGCCACUCAGUUUAGCUGCUUGUGUUAAAGAAAUAUCACACUUGGCACAGAAUUUAAUAUUUUUUUUACAGGGUCAAAUAUAAUUUCCUUUCAACGUGCCAUUUAUGCUCCAAUGAGUUUAAUUUCUCUUUUUAUAGCAGAUAUUUCUCAUUUCAGGCUGCUGCACAUCAGUCUAACAGAUGCUUAUGGUUUGUCAGUGAGGCUGAUUACAUGCCCCACAAAACAACUGAAGCGUGUGUGUGUGUGUGUGUGUGUGUGUGUGUGUGUCUAUGUGUGUGUUUCUGACUUAGGCUAUACCCUCGGGUACACAUUUCAGACUAAACACCAGUUAAUGGGGAUGUGUGGGGUGUGUGUGAAUGUUGGCAUACAAAGUAAAAAAUAUGUUUGCAAUAUCAGUUUUGAACAAAUUAUAACUUUCUUUUGUGUUUUAAUGGACCUUUGAAUGAAACCUGUUUUUUGUGUGGUUUGGUGUGUAAAUACAGUUUUGUGUAUAUUAGUUUGCUUUGUUCUGUACAGGGAUCUGUAUGUCAUGUUUUUACUUUGUUUUUUCCAUCUCUUUAAUAAAGCGUAGUGGGCUGUCAGUA